AUGUCAAACCAACUGAAAGCGAUCACCCUAACCCAUGUCCGUUACUUUAAAGGAGAUCAAUUGGGCUGUUUCUUAGCAUGGAUUUCACUAGUUCCAGUGUUCAUCAGCCUCGGUGGCUUUGUCUCUCACUUCCUCUUCCGUCGAGAGCUCCAAGGUAUGUUCUUCGCUUUAGGGUUAACAAUUUCCCAAUUCAUCAACGAAGUGAUCAAAACCAACGUCCAACAAGCCCGGCCGGAGACCUGCGUGCUGCUUGAAAUGUGCGAUUCCCACGGUUGGCCUUCGAGUCAUUCCCAGUACAUGUUCUUCUUCGCAACAUAUUUGACUCUGCUGACUUACAAAAAGUUCGGGAUUUUGUUUAGAAAGCAGAUGUUGUUAGUAGCUCUUGUGAUCUGGCCAUUGGCGUUGCUUACGAUGUAUUCUAGGGUUUAUUUGGGGUACCAUACAGUCGCCCAGGUGUUCGCCGGUGCUGGACUUGGGAUCUUUCUUGGUGGGUUGUGGUUUUGGGUGGUUAAUUCGAUUCUCAGAGGGUUUUUUCCGGUGAUCGAAGAGAGUUUUUUUGCGUGCAGAUUGAUUGAAGAAUAUAAUUGGUCAAUUGGGUGAUAUGUGGAAGGAAGGUGGCCUGCUGUUUGGUGUUUAAACGAUUUGCAGUGGGUCUAUAAUGUGUUUAAUUUGACAGAAUUAAAAGUCG